AUGGAGCAGGAGCUGAGAUGCCCGCUCUGUCGAUCAUUCCUGACAGAUCCAAUUCUACUACAAUGUUCGCACAGUUAUUGCCGAGAAUGUGCGGUAAAGGCGCUUCUCAAGUCCAGUUCGGUGAUGUCUCCACCCUGCUCUAGUAGUUCUGGUGAGCAUUAUUUAGGUUACUGUACUUCGUUCUUUUCGGUUUAAUAUCAUUGUUUUUUUCAGCCAGUGAUACCGCCUCGAUCUGCAUAUCAGACCCCGACCAAGAAUGCGACAAGCUGAGCAUGGUGAGCGAGACCGACUCGGGUGUUUGUAUAUACAACAAUGGCGCAAAUGGCAACUCUGGCAAAGGUAAUAAACGGGGCUUCUCAGGUCAGGCACGGCUCUUAUCGGUGUCACUCAUCUGGCGGCAAACAUUCCUCAAUGUUUUUUUUUAUUGUAGGCUCAAGGCCGAGCAGUUUUCUUGGGUCCCUUCCCAGCUCGUCAACACCCUCUUCUCGACUUCAAUCGUUGAUUACACCCCUCACAACAGGGCAUACCAUCAUCUGCGAAAAAUGCCAAAAAACAUCGUUUUUUGCUGAUGAGAAUGCAGUCUAUAAUCAGUCAUCAAACUUGGCCUUGAGAAGAUUGGUCGAGCGAUUCAAAAAGGCGCAGAUUCAAAAAGAUUCAGAAUCCUCAUCAAAUUCUCCGGCCUUAUUUUGUCAAUGGUGUGAAGAUGGAAAACAGAAUCAGGCGUCAUUGUAUUGCGAAUCCUGUGGAUACUUUUACUGCAGCGAUUGCCAGCCGAUUAUCCACCCUUCCAGGGGACCUCUGAAGGAUCACAAGUUUGUCCCCGCCGAAAGUAUUAGUCGGAAGUAAGCAUUGUCUGAAAUGAUGGCAUUAAAUUUUUAUAGAAAACUCUUGUCACAACACGAGCCCGUUGAAGAACAUCGUUGCGAAGCUCAUGUGGAAGAGGCGUUGACAAUGUUCUGCUCUAGUUGUAACAUUCCCUUGUGUUGCCAAUGCAUUCAGUCAGCUCGUCAUCUAACUCAUCAAGUUCAAUCGCUGGCGACUACCGUAAAGACGAAGAAGGUCGGUCAGGGAUAUUACUUUUUCGUUUUCAUUGCUUUUUAAUCAUAUUUCAUACGACUCUGACAGUUCCGCGUAUCUUAUGCAAAUUGAUUUCCUUUCUGAGACUUCUGAAUCCACUUGUAAAUCUCAGGAGAAUCCUUUUUUCAUUAUGGAGAACUCAUUAAGGACGGGCAAUGUAAUUGCAUCAAGCCCAUGGGGAAGUGCCGAAAAGGCGUUCGCUUCCAGGCGGAUGAGUUUCCUUAAUUAGAGCCAAAUAUGGGGUCGGGGGCUACGUCAGAUUAGAGGGGAGGGAGGCAUGCGCGCGGCAAAUUGAUCGCACUUCAGCUCUGAUUUGACACUUCGAAUGGCCAUUCAUUAUUCUUUGAUAGGCCAAUUCGGGACAAGCCGUUGACAGAUCUCCAGUCAGCUGGGCUUGGGACAAAAUGGCGCGGAAUCAAUUAAUAGGCAGCAUGUCUUCUUCUUCUCCCCUUUGCCUUCGUAUGCAUUUUUUGCGCCAAAUGUUUUUCGUCAGGAAAUGGAAAAACCCCCACGAAACCUGACACCUGCAAGCUUCCCGCAGGUGUAAUCGAAGAACAUGUCCGAAUCUUACCUGCAGGGAGCUUACGACCUCAUAAUCCCAUAAAUCUCCUUGCCGAGGUCAUGUUCGUUGAGAGAUGCCAUGAAUCAAGAAGACCUUAAAGGUCAGUUUUCCAACUUGGGAAUGGAAGAGUACUGUAAAAUUUGUAUUCAAAAACAUUGGGAAGAGCAUUCCCUUUGUGUCCCCAUAUUCAUCGCUCAUCAGAGGAUCCGAUGCAUUCAAAAGACAUGAUUUAUGUGCUGUGCAAGACGCCGUGUGCAGAUUCCGGGAGUUCCUUAAUGGAUUCCGGUCCCUUCUCUCAUCCCUUAAAUCCCCUUCUCACGCGAAAAGGUCGGUCAAAGUUGAGGCCUCCCAAAACGGCAUAUUGUUCUUGUUGCCUGAAGCAAGAAGACGGAGCCGGUGAGGCGUGAAGCCGGCUCUGGAAUGGACAGAUUUAAUUGGGGAUCAGAGGCGCAAUUGUCCGUCCGCGGGAGUUAAUUGCAGAGCCUGGAAAUCCGCGCGCCCUGAGGGCAUGUCAUGUUUUUGAUGCAUUGUUGACGAGACAUAACGAGUGACAUAAUCAGGACGGGACAUGCCAGUGUUUGAGGGAUUAAGGCCGGAAAUCCGAUUCCCUGAUCGGCAGCUGCAAAACUUGGUCCAUCGGUCAUUGUCCGCUGCAAUUUGUCGGACAAGGAGAUGACAUAAUCUCGGUGAGAUAUGGCCGCGCGCCUCCCCCUCCUCGGGCGGCUUCUAUUUGUUAUCCUAACCGCGCUCCGGGAUUUGUGGCCCGGCCUCGGCCCUAGGUGGCGGCGUCUCCACUUUGAUCCGUGGAUCGUAAACCCGGCCACGACCGCAAACACCUCAUUAAACGGCCGCAGAUCUUGUUAAUAAAGCUGUACACAGACGAUUAAUCCGACAUCCUCGCAGACACCUGUCAUUUCCGAUUAAUCCAUAAAAGUUUUAUAAAAAAUAAGUGCGGAUCGGAGUCUGUCAGAGUCGAUUACGGUUACGGAAAAAAAUUAUCAAAAAUAAUGCUGAAAAAAGUUGCUUUGCAGAGCGAAUUGUCCCGAAUACUACAAGAAUUGUCGGAAAAGGUGAAAAAAGCAUCGGAAGACAUCAAUGAGAUUAAAAAGCUGCAUCAGACAGUAGAAGUAAGUGGAAUAUGUUUAACAUCAAAUUAAUUGCCAGGAUAAUUGCAACGAAUUCCAAACGGGGCUUAAUGUUCAAAUCGACGUUUUAAUUCAAAAUCUGGAAGAGCGAAGAGCCAAAUUAAUGGAAUAUGUGACAAUGGAGAAGGAGAGAAAGCAUCGGACUCUGAAAGAACAAGUGGCCAAAUGUGCUGGCCAACUCAACAAUACCACGGCCUUGAUUCAGUUCUGCAUCGAGGUCCUUAAAGAGCCCGAUCCCAUCGCUUAUUUGCAUGUAAUUAUUUUAAUUAAGAGUUACUGUAAUUAUCGUACUAUGCGGGUUUAAGGGGGCACAAGGGCAGCGGAGGUCAUUGUCUAAUUCGACCACAAUUUUAGAUUGAUCAUGCCUUAUGUCAUCGAGCGACCGAGACCGACUUCUUGUGGAACAAAAAUAUGAUUACAAAACCAGAUAUCAACCCCGAAUUUGUGUUCAAUAUAGACCUGAGACAAGUCCAGGCAACGAUCCAGGCCAUGGAAUUUGUGCAGCUACAAGGUAAUACUUUUCACAGUAAUUUAUAAUACUUUUUAAGCCAUUAUGCGAAGACCAUUUUCCGGUGAUAAUGAGAGAGGUAAUUAGAUGUAAAUAGAUAUUGUAAUUGUAGUAGUUAGAUAGCUUAAGGUUGCUUGUUUUGUGGUAGAUAAUAUUAUCGAAAUUUCAUUCACUUGUUAUACGAUUUUGUUCAGCUCCUCCAAGACCGUUUUUCUUGGCCAAUGAAUGUUCAGCGGAGAACAAUUCGGUUGUUUUGACAUGGGAUUGCCCGAGGAAUGGACAGUCCGUUGAUGGGUUUAUAUUGGAAUUGGACAGUGGUAAAGAUGAUGGGCGAUUUAAGGAGGUCUACAGGGGCCCGGACUCCGCUUGCACCAUCGACGGACUCCACUUUAAUACGCUUUACAACGCCAGAUUAAAGGGAUUCAAUGCAGCCGGUGAGAGUUCUUACAGUGAACCCAUUUGCUUACAAACAGCUCCAGGUAUGUCCUACUUUAUUUUUGUUUUAGUUUUUAUAUUACUUGUUAUUGCUCAUUUAUUGGCCGGACCGCGACGAUUGGGGAAAAGGACGAUUGAGGAAAAUAAAAUCAUUUUUUGCUCUAGUGGCCAAAGUCAUACUUCAUUAGCCCAACCUAUAAAACUUCACUUACGUAGUCUCUUUCAACCUUUGCUUGAUCCACCUAACCUCUAAAACAUAAUUUAUAAAGCGGCAUCUAACAUAAUACAUGUACUAUUAUGUUAGAUGCCGUUUUAUAAAAAUUAAAAAUUUUCGACCUCCUGCAGAGGUUAAUAUCGUUUCUAGGCCACUAAAGGGCGUGAAUAGUUAAAAGCGGUUACAAAUGGGGGUUUUUUAAAGCAAGGCUAGCGAAGUAUGGUAUUAGUUAGCCAAAAAAGCAAAAAAAUCUUUUAUUUUCCCCAAUCGUCGUUUGGGGAAAAUAAAAAAACUGGAUUGAAUCACCUUUUAUGGUUUUAGUCGCCUGGUUCCAAUUGUGUAAAUCAGUCUCCCAGAUGGAUGUCCAGCUCUCCAACCAGAGUUGCACAGUGACCGGUUCUUCACUCGAUUACUCUGUAGUCCUAGGCACGGUCGCCUUCAGUCGAGGAGUCCAUUUCUGGGAAAUCUCCGUGGAUCGUCUAGAUAUCAACACGGAUAUUGUUGUCGGGGUUGCGCAGCCAAGUGUGGAUCGUCAUAAAAUCCUGGGGAAGGAUAUCCAUGGCUGGGCGAUGUAUCUGGAUGUCCGAAGAUCCUGGUUCUUCCAUAACGGAGAUCAUCAUGGGAGAACGGAGCAAGGAGUCUCUGAAGGGGAAGUGAUCGGCGUUAGAUUGGAUUGCGAUCAAGGCAGACUCUCCUUUUACAUAAACGGACGACCCUUGGGCUAUGAUGGGCAUCUCUAUGCUUUCCAGUAAGCAUAAAAAUGUUCUGUUUAGAAUCAUCCUUUCGUUUUAGCCGAUUACCCCGAGGUCUUUACUAUCCUGCCUUCAGUGUGAAUAAAGGCGCUGUAAUUACUGUACAUACUGCUCGAACAGCUCCCAUUAUUGAUCGGGAAGACACACCGUCGAUUCGAGAAAUCUUGUAG